AUGGCCCAUCCCUCACAACUCGGAUUUCAAGACGCAGCUUCACCCCUAAUAGAAGAACUACUUCACUUCCACGAUCACGCCUUAAUAAUUGUAAUCCUCAUCAGUACAAUGGUACUUUAUAUUAUUGUUGCCAUAGUCACAGCGAAACUUACGGACAAACUUGUUCUAGACUCCCAAGAAAUUGAAAUCAUCUGAACAGUUCUCCCAGCUAUCAUUCUUAUUCUUAUUGCCCUCCCAUCCCUUCGAAUCUUGUACCUAAUGGAUGAAAUCAACGACCCCCACCUCACAAUCAAAGCCAUAGGCCAUCAGUGGUACUGAAGCUAUGAAUACACAGAUUAUGAGGACCUCGGCUUCGACUCAUAUAUAACCCCUACACAAGACCUUACACCCGGGCAAUUUCGGCUCCUUGAAGCCGAUCAUCGGAUAGUGACCCCCGUUGAGUCCCCCAUCCGAGUGCUUAUUUCCGCUGAAGACGUAUUACACUCUUGAGCAAUCCCCGCUUUAGGUGUAAAAGUAGAUGCUGUACCCGGCCGACUAAAUCAAACAACUUUUAUUAUUAGCCGCCCAGGUGUGUUCUUCGGACAAUGCUCUGAAAUCUGCGGGGCUAAUCACAGCUUCAUACCAAUCGUUGUAGAAGCAGUCCCCCUUCAGCACUUCGAAAACUGGUCUUCGUUAAUAAUUGAAGAAGCCU